UGGCUAAAGGCUAAAGGCUAUCGUCCACUGGCUGUCGGCAUGGCGGCGCUCAUCAGAGGCCUGCGGGCCGACAGGCUUGUGCGGGCUCUCGGCAGCGCAGUAGCGAUUCAAAUGGGCCGCGUUCCUCGUGGUAACGGCUCGAGCCGCGGUCUCCAUCGCGCGCUCGUGCUGCGUCUCGCGGACGACUCCCACAGAGACCAGACUGUCCCGCCUCCGCCCCACCACACGCACUUCGCAGAGCAAAGCUGUGCUUCUGACGCAAGCAGCCAGCAGGAGCAUGGCCACUGUCACGCCAGCCACCAGGACCAGAGUGGCGAGCAAGAGGAGGGCUACGAGACGGAGGAGCAGCUCGAGGCGCGAAUCCUAACCGCUGCGCUGGAGUUUGUCCCCCAGCACGGCUGGACUGUGGAGGCCAUUGCAGCCGGAGCAGAGACACUGGGCCUCUCGGCUGCCUCGGCGGAGAUGUUCAAUAACGGUGCGGGAGAGUUGGUGCUGCAUUUCGUCGAGGAAUGCAACGCUCAGCUGGCAAAGAUUCUGGCAGAGCAGCAUAAUCGGGUGCAGCUUGGCCAGACAGAAAAGAAAGAGACGGCUGAGUUCCUGAGAGAUGCCAUCGAAACCCGACUGAGGAUGUUAAUUCCGUAUAUUGACACAUGGCCUCAGGCGAUGAGUCUGCUGCUGCUUCCUCACAACAUCCCAGAGAGCCUGAAGCAUCUGUCCACGCUGGUAGACGACAUCUGGUACUAUGCAGGGGAUCGCUCCACAGAUAUGAACUGGUACACCAGGAGGGCGGCCCUAACAGGAAUCUACAACACCACAGAGCUGGUGAUGCUCCAAGACUCCUCCCCUGACUUUAAGGACACUUGGACCUUCCUUGACAACCGUAUCCAGGAUAUAGUUAACAUGGCCAACACUGCUAAACAGAUGAAGUCGACCGGAGAGGCUGUAGUCCAAGGACUGAUGGGAGUUGCAGUUACGAUGAAGAACCUCACAGGCCUGAACCAGAGGAGAUGAAGGAGCCUCCUGUCCACUUCACCAUCCUCCAUGCCUUUCCUCCGUGAUUUGUAGCCAAAUGUUUUUGUUUAGUCUGGUCUGGGAGUUAUCACACCACUCUGGAUCUUCAUGGCAGUGGUGUUCAGUCCUGCUCCUGGAAAUUUGUUGCCCUGCUAAUCUGAUAUCCUGAGCUUUAAUAUUGGGAUGUUCAUAUUUUGAUUUGAUUUGACUUUGACUAGGUGUGUUGUGUUAGGGGCAGUAUAUUUCCAUGAGCAUAAAUAGGCACCCUUAUUUACAAAAAUGGUAAACCCACACUACCAUCAGUUUGGCUCUCUGUAUAAACACAAAAGCAGAAUAAAUAUGCAAUGUAUGUAAAAAUGUUAAA